AUGUGUGCAGAUCCCAAUAUCCCCCCUGAUGAAUAUGCAAAUCUGACCAGAAGGCGCAAGAGUCUACAAAUUGACCUCGAAGAGUCCAUCGAUGAUGUGGAAACAAUAAGAGUCCUCGUCAAGUACGACGAGGAGUUUGCCGAGCUCGAGCAGCGAAAAAUACUGCUCAUAGCCGAGGCAGAAUUAAUCGAGCUGGAGAAUGAGUCAACUUCCGUCCAACCAGCCAUCGCAAAUUGGCCAUCGAUUGCCCGGUCCAAUAUUGUCCCCGCCGUUGACCCAAUCACUGCAGAGUCAAUGUCAUCUUCCUCUGCCACCACCACAACGACCACUGCCAGGUCGAAGCCCCUCUUCCCCACCGUCCAUUUCGCCCGUGUCCACACACACUCAUUUUGCUGCACCUCCGCCCCCAUGUCCACUACGCACACGAUCGCAGCACCGCCGCCGAACAGUCCCGUCUGCACAAUUGCUCAUCAUACGACCACGCCGUUCGUACUGAUUGGAAGCAUUCAGAAUCCGCCAACACAUGCCAAGAAUUAUUGGACUGCGACUCAGUCCACGCCCGUAUCACCGUCGUCUGUGUCUUCGUUUGACACGACCGCGCCACCGCCAAAAUCCGUCCCUGCAGAACGAGAUACGACCAUGCCGCUCGUAUCAUUGGCGAGUUGGAGCCCCGAAUUGAAUCCUCCCCCUCCCAUCGUGUCCAUGCCGUACACGAUUACUACUGCAGCACCGCCGCCGAACAUAUCCGCCCACCAUGCGACCAAGCCGAUCGCUGUCGAAUCGGGAAGCUUUCCGAACCUUCCCCCACUUGCCCGAAGUUAUUGGACCUCGCCUGCGUCCACUCCGUUCGUGUCCAAGCCGUACACGACCACGAAUAUCUACGCCAGUCAUACAACCACGCCGCCUGUAUUUGCAACGAGUGGGAGCACGCCAAUCCCCCCCACUCAGAAUCACUGGACUGCGCCUCAGUCCAUGUUGCCUCCGUCCACGCCGAACACAUGCCCCGAUGCAGCUCCGCCGCCAAUGUCCCUGUACAGAUCUGCCACGCCGCCACAGAAUAUUCAUUCAGAAUUGAAUACGACCAUGCCGCUCGUAUCAAUCGCGAGUUGGAGGAUUACCAGUCCUCCUCCACGUGCCGUGUCCCUGCCGUACACGUCUGAAAAGCCGCCGUCCGUGUCCAUGUUGCACACGACGCCCGCACCGCCGAAUGUUCCUGUCGUCGCCCCAUCCGAAUUGAAUUCGACCAAGCCGCCCGUACUAAUUGAAAGUUGGAGCACUGCCAGUCCUCCUCCUCCAGCCGUGUCCGUGCCGUACACGCCCCCAGCUGCAUCGCCCCCGCCCGUGUUUCUGCCGUAUCUGAAUGCAGCGACUCCCAUCAAGCCUGCACCUCAUACAGCCACGCCCUCUGUAUCCGCCAAGAGUGAGAGAAUGCCAAACUCUCCCACUCAGAAUCGCUGGACUGCGCCUCAGUCCACGCCACCAAUAUCCUUGUAG